AUGGCGGCGGGGCCAGUUUUUGCGCUCUUGACGAUGAUGGAGGAGGAGGGGGAGAAGGUGGACGAGGAGGAGAUGAAGAGGAUGAUGAACUUUCUCGCAUCCAAGGGAGUGCAGAACGUCAUCUGUGGAGGGACGACAGGAGAGUUUUGCUCCAUGCAGAUGCAGGAGAGGAAGGAGAUGAUGGCGCUGGUGAGGAAGGAAAUGCAGUCAGCGUACGUCAUCGCCCAUGUCAGCGCAUGCGCCCAGCAAGAUUGCAUCGAACUGUGCAGGCAUGCAGAGGAGGUAGGGUGCGAUGCUGUGCUGCUCCUCCCUCCCUUCUACUAUGCCUCUGCUAGUGCUGCAGGCAUCGAGAGAUUUCUCUGCGCCGUCCUCGACAGCUGUCCUCUCCCCUGCUACCUCUACAACUUUCCUCGCCACACUGGAAACAGCAUCACUCCCGCCAUGCUCAAGACGUUGGUGGGAAAGUAUCCUGAUCGCAUCAUCGGCAUCAAGGACAGCUCCGGAUCGCUCGAGACUGCAACUUCGUUCAAGGAAGCAGCUCCAGGCCUGCAGGUGUACGUUGGCAACGACAACAUCGCAGACAAGGUGUUGAGGAGCGGCUUGAGCGGGAGCGUGACAGGAGCAUGCAACGUGCUACCUGAGAGCCUCAUUGACAUUAGCAAACGAUACAGAGAAGGAGGACAAGAAGACGUCGAGUCAUCUGGGGAAGAUGAGAGUCGAGAGCUGAUCCAGAGCUGGCAUCAGUUCGUGUCCUCCCGGGAUGAAGGAGAGAUCCCUUGUACCAAGGCUGCAGUGGUGCUGAGAAUGAGGAGCCGUCACAUCCUGGUUGACUGA